GAGAGUAGAUCACAUGUUCUGAACGACACUGUCAAACUUUGUAGUCGAACCCAUUCAAUUUCAAGUGUUUAGUAAAUAGUUCAUCCGUUUCAUUUAGCUGUGUUUUACGUUUAUUCACACAGAUUAAAAAAUAUUUAAUUUUAUAUAUUUUCAAAAUAAAAACAUAAUUACAUUACAUAUACAUUUAACAUAUUUCAACAAAUAAAAAAUAAACUACAGAAUAUUGUUAAUAAAUUUUGUAUUGAAAUUAAAAAACAACACUUGUUUUUAAACGGAAAUUUCACUUUACAACCAUAAUUAAACUGAAAUGAAAGGAGUAAUAAACAAUUUGCUUUGUUAAAUUAAUAAAUAAAUAUUAAUUUUGAGUAAAGUGAAAGAAAACGUUAAACAUGAAUUCUAACUAUAAAAACCUUAUAUAUAAGACAAAAACAUGAGAUUCUAUAAAUUUACCAUAUUUAUUUACUUAUCGAGAAUAAGUAUUAAUUUAUAGAUUUGGAUUGUAUAACCCACAAAAUUCUUAAGUGAUUUCUUGUAAUAAGUAGGGUAAAGAAGAUUUUCCGUACUAUACAUAUCAAGUUACUUCCUUAUUUUGUAAAAGUACACUAAUUUAUAAAUACACACAAAGUAAAAUUCCUAGAUUUUACAAUAUAUUUUUAUUUAUGAAUAAACAUUAUAUAAAUAAAUAUUAAAUCAAUGACAAUAAAUUAUAAUUUAAAAAUAAAAAUAGAUAUUAAAAUUAACUAAUAUUUAUAUUAUACUAUAAUCUAAUAAAACUAGUUAUAAUUGAUAUAUUAAUAUUAUAAAUUUUGAUAGAUUAUUUCAUCAAUUUUGAAAUAUAUUAAUCAAAUACGAAAUUUUUUUAACAAAUACAUUAACUCGUUUAUAUUAAAUUUCUAUAAAGACAAAAUUUAACCAAUGUGAGAUAUGUUACAAAUUGUACUACUCUAUUUUGUUUUAAUUUAGUAAAAACUAAAAUAAAUGUGUGACACAACAAAUGAAUAAACGGUUUUACUUUUAUUAUUAUAAAUUUAUAUUUAUAUAAAAUUUACAUUUAACUAACAAAUAUUAUCAAAAAAUUAUAUGAAGAGAUGUUAUUCCAUAAAACAUAAAUAUUAUAAAUCAAUGCAGUAUAUUAAACUUGCAAUGAAUAUUAUAUUUAAAUAAAAUAUUAUUACUAAACUAUGAUACUGUGUUAGUACAUUUUAGUUAAUAGAAUAAAAAUAUUUUUUUAAAAAAUUCUAAGAUAAAUUAAUCUUUACGAAUCCUAUAUAUGAAUAUAUAAACAUCUUAAGUUAACGCUUUUGUAUUUCAAGAAUUUAAGGCUGAAAUCUAAAUUUAUAUACAUGUAAUAAAAUGAAAGAUACAUUUUCAUAAAUUAUUUAAUAUAUUUAAAUAUUUAAGUUAAAAAUCUGUAUAGAAUAGUAAUUAUAUUUUUUAAUUAUAAACUUAAAUUUUCAAAAAUAAUUAAGAUAUAUAAUAUACACAAAUUUAAAUUAAAUAAUAAAAACAUUUAAAUACAAAAGUUAUGGAUGCUUUCAAGUAAAUAAUUUUUGUAAUAAAUUAUUUUGUACUUUGUCUCGUAGUUCAAAAUCUAGUUAUUUUUUUUUUGUUUUAAUAAAUUAGCUUUUUCAUUUUGAUUUCGCUUUAGGAUUUUGGACCUUCUGGUAUACGAUUGUUUCAGGAAAUGUAAUAUUUUAAUAUGAUAUAGGACUUUUUGAAGUUGUAUUUUUUGUCUAGAUAUGAAGAUAAUUUCAUUUAAUAUGGCUGGUUAGAAAUUAAGAAAAAUUCUCAUAUUUUGUUAAUUCAACUUUGUUAUUAUUAUUAGUUGUUUUGAUUCCUGUGUGUACAGUUUUAGUCUUUUAGAAGCAUUUAAUCUCAGCUUUUAUUAGUAUAGAAAUCUUUACUACGGCACCUAACCCUAAUUCUUGUAGGUUGCCUGUUUCUGCUUUAUCAUUAUAAGGCUUAUUUAUCAAUCAACAAGAAAAUAACAACGUUACCGAACAAAAAGGUCACAUGCGUAUUUCUAACGUUAAACACUACAGUUAUGAAAAAUUUAUGAUCUCAUCUCAUAAGUUUCAGUAUAAAAACUUACUUCGAAUGUUCAUGCAUGCAUAAAUUAUAAAACAUCAAACUAAGUAAAUAAAAAAGACCGAUAAAAUGAAAAUCAAUAUGCUGGUCAUUGCUGCAUUCUCCUUUUUAAUCGCCGCGAGGUCACUACCAGUGAAACCAACGCUUAACUACGAGUCCAUAUUUAAUUUUGGAGAUUCUUUAAGCGACACUGGAAAUUUUCUUAUCUCCAGUGAUGUGAGCUCUCCGUCCAUCGGUAGACCACCAUACGGUCAAACUUUCUUUAACCGUUCAACCGGCCGUUGCUCUGACGGACGUCUCAUCAUUGAUUUCAUUGCUGAGGCAAACGGAUUACCGUACGUUACACCAUAUCUCCAAAGCGUGCGAACAAACUUUUCGGUGGAUUUCAAUAAAGGAGCAAAUUUUGCAGUGGCCGGAGCAACGGCGAAUGACUUUAACUUUUUGAAAGAAAGAGGUCUUUCAGUAACAUUGUUGACGAAUAAGACAUUGGAUGUUCAGCUUGAUUGGUUCAAGAAAUUGAAACCUUCUCUCUGUAAAACAAAGCCAGAUUGUGACCAAUAUUUUAAGAAAUCUCUAUUUUUCGUGGGAGAAAUUGGUGGAAACGAUUAUAAUUACCCUCUAUUAGCAUUUCGGAGUUAUAAACACGCCAUUGAUUUGGUACCAUCCGUCAUUAACAAGAUCAUCAACGUCACAAGCGCCUUGAUAGAGGAAGGUGCAGUGACGCUGGUGGUUCCGGGAAACCUUCCGAUCGGUUGUUCGGCGGUUCUGUUAGAGCGAUUCAGUGAUGAUAAUAGAUGGCUCUAUGACACAAGGAACCAUUGUCUUAAGCCGCUGAACAAUAUUGCCAAGCUUCACAAUACUAAGCUCCAGGAAGGCCUUGUGACUUUAAGGCAAAAGUACACUCAUGCUAAGAUUAUCUAUGCUGAUUAUUACGGUUCAGCUAUGCAAUUCUUUAACUCACCUUCCAAAUACGGUUUUACUGGAAGUGUCCUAAAGGCAUGUUGUGGAGGAGAAGAUGGAAGAUACAACGCAAAACCAAACGUAAAGUGCGGCGGAAAGGGUUCAACGACUUGUGAAAACCCAUCAACGUAUGCAAAUUGGGAUGGAAUCCACCUAACCGAGGCGGCAUACCGCCACAUUGCAACUGGUCUCAUCUCUGGCCGUUUCACCAAACCUUCUCUUAGUAACAGUUCAUCAUUUUCCAAGUUCUAAUUUAGUCACACGAAAUAUAUAAGCUUUAAUGGAAACUCCUUUGUAACGAAUAAUUAAUUGGUAUAAACUCAAGUGCUUAGCGCAAUGCCGAACGUUCUAUUUAUGUUUGAUUAUUCAGACUAUCUCACAUUUGGUUAUCCAAAAAUAAUGUAAAAACCACUUGCAAUUUUUUUAUGCUUUUUAUUCUAUUUACAAAUUUGGGAACCUAAUCUUUCUUAGGUUUUUAUCCUAAUAUAUUGAGGAUCUCAUGUGUAAAUAGUGAAAUAAUUCGUUGUGGGUAAAAUGAAACAAUAACUAAAAGCAAAUUAACUCGAUCAAACAAAGAGAUUAUAUAUAAUCAAGAUUAAUAUUUCUAUGAUUUGGUCGGCCGAACAAGCCGAUUUAAGAUCAUUGAUUUUUUCCGGAUAUAAGCUGAUAAAAAUAUUAGUAUUUAGCGUAUAACGAAUCAGAAUCCAGGAUGGAGAUUUCCGGUUCGAUCGGUCUGGUAUUGAAACCAGAUCCACUUGUCCUCUUACUCCAUGGGGCAUUGAACAGAACAACAAUGUUGGUACAUUCGAUGUUCCUCUUUAAUUAAUAUUUAGUGUAAACAUUUUAGUUUAAUUAUUAUAUUUUUAAACUGGGGCACUUUCCCAAUACUUUAAAUGGUAAAGUAUGAACUCUCUCUCUUUUAUACGGAGUAUUUUAGUAAUCCUUGCAAGGGUGGCAUUUCUCGUCUCCUUCAUUUUCUUCUCCGAGAAACCUCAUAAUCCUUGCGAGAAAGCAAAAGGAAAACAAUCUUUGCUUACCUUCUCUUUUUAAGUUUUGGUCAAUUUCUGGUAACUCAAUUUUCAAUGGAAAAAGUAUCAUUUGGACUACGGCGGUGACGAACCGUGUUGCUUUUCUGCCUCUUAGCUGUAUGUAACUCUCUCAUCACUAUAUAUAGACUUUGUUCUUUAACUUGCGCUUGUUAUCUUACUCGUGCGCACGUAAAUUUUAUUUUAUUUAUAUGUGUAAACAAAUUUAUAAACUACAGUUUUAUUUACUUGUUUCGUUGCUUCUGUUUGAGAUAUUAUAUUCCUUAUAAAUAUUAUAAUAAUAUGCUCUUGAACUGUUUCUUUCAUAAUUAUAUAUAUAGAAAUGGAGCUAUUGGCCCUGUUCCCUGUUGGACUGAUUCAUUACUAAUCACGUAUUAAUUUACUUGCUAAUCUGAAAGAAACAACAAAUAUUAAAUAAAAAAUCCACAGUAAAUUAAAUGUGGGCCCUCCACAUGAGCAACGCGUACGAUCUCCUCUUUUUUUUGUUCUGUACGCGUUAUCGCCAGCUUAAAUAUUUAUUGCAAUUGUUUACAAAGAAACGCUUCUCUCUAUUAAACACUAUCUCUGUUUUCAAAUUCAGUUUCACUUUCAAUCACUUCUUCGUUUGUUUCUCAGUUACUUUUGCAGAAUCAAUCUCUCUCUCUCUCUCUCAAAUGGCUGAACGAGUCCAUCCCGCUGAUUCACCACCGCAGAGCGGCCAAUUCUCCGGCAAUUUCAGCUCCGGCGAGUUCCCGAGAAAACCAGCUCCACCACCCGCCACUUACGUGAUCCAAGUCCCCAAGGAUCAGAUCUACCGCGUCCCCCCGCCGGAGAACGCGCACCGUCUGCAACUCCUCUCCCGGAAAAAGCCCAAUCGCAGUCGCUGCAGGUGCUGUUUCUGCUACUUCCUCGCCGCAAUUUUCACCCUCGCCGUCCUCGCCGCAAUCUCCUUCGCCGUUCUCUACGCCGUCUUCCGUCCCGAAGCUCCGAAAUACUCCGUCGAGGGAUUCUCGGUCUCAGGCAUCAAUCUGACGUCCCCGUCUCCGAUUUCUCCCAGAUUCAACGUCACCGUCAGGUCGCGUAACGGUAACGGAAAGCUCGGGAUCUACUACGAGAAAGGGAGCAGUGUGGAUGUUUUCUACGGAGACGUCGAUCUCUGUAACGGCGCGUUGCCGGUGUUUUACCAGCCGGCGAAUAAUGUGACGUUGGUUAAGACGGCGUUAACUGGAUCGGGGAUUCAGUUAAAUAGUGGCGCGCGGAAGGAGAUGCGUAAUGAGCUGAGUAAGAAAACGGUGCCGUUUAAGGUGAGGAUUAAAGCGCCUGUGAAGAUUAAGGUUGGUUCGGUUAAGACGUGGACGAUAACCGUUAAAGUUAACUGCGAUGUUACGGUGGAUAAGUUGACGGCACCGUCCAGGAUUGUGUCGAGAAAGUGCAGCCAUGAUGUGGACCUUUGGUGAUUUUCUAAUUUUUUUAUCCAAAAACUGCAAAUGACAUUAAAAAAAAAACGAGAGUACAGAGGCUGUUUUGGAUUAUAGGAUUUUACUGAAUGUUUUUUUGUUAUUGAUUGCGUUUUAAUGUUUUUUUAUGAAUCAUACAUACAUUGUGAAUUUGUGAUUGCAAAUGAGGAAAUUUUCCAAUUUGAACUUAUUUAAUAUUAGUUGAAAA